AUGAUUGAACAGAAGAAACAACCAGCAAGCCUCCUUAGGAAUUGGCCUCUGAUGUCAUCUAUCAUGGUCUAUUGCAUCUUCUCACUUCAUGAUAUGGCUUAUACAGAGAUAUUUUCAUUAUGGGUGGUGAGCCCCAGAAAGCUCGGCGGACUUGGAUACUCGACGCAGAAUGUUGGUGAAGUUCUGGCAGUGUCUGGCUUUGGACUGCUUGUGUUCCAACUUGCUCUAUAUCCAUAUGCGGAGAGGCUUCUCGGACCUGUAAUGGUUGGCCGCAUUGCUGGGUUAUUAUCCAUUCCAUUGUUGGCAAGUUACCCUUUUCUGUCGAAGUUGUCGAGCUUCAGUCUGACCGUGCUGAUAAACUGCGCAUCUGUACUGAAGAAUCUCCUAUCUGUAUCAAUUGUCACCGGCUUGUUAAUGCUGCAAAACAAUGCAGUGGAGCAGCACCAGAGAGGGGCUGCGAAUGGGAUAGCUAUGACAGCAAUGUCUCUGUUUAAAGCAGCUGGUCCUGCUGGUGGGGGUUCUCUGUUUUCUUGGGCUGAAACGCGUCAGGAUGCGGCUUUCCUUCCAGGUAACCAAAUGGUGUUCUUCGUGCUGAACGUGGUGGAGGCAAUUGGGGUGUUGUUCACUUUCAAGCCUUUCCUAGCCCAGCCCCGAGAUCGAACAGCAACAACACAAUGACCUAGCUGCUGCUAUACUCUCCUGGACGCCCUACUACGCAACCAAUUCUAGC